AGCGAGACUAUUCUCAAACUACUCGUCCCAUUAAAAUAAGAAUGCACUUUUGUUUUUGUUAAGAUUGUAAACAAAAAAUCAGUAAUUCCCAAUUUUUUUUUACAAUGGGUAUGCUGAUGUUUUGGAUGGUAAUAGUAUGUUUAAUGAAGUUAGGAUUUGGUAUAAGAUUUGUGAUCGACAAAGAAGAGUGUUUCUCUCACAAUAUUCUGUAUGAAGGCGAUGUUGUUCAUGCUUCAUUCGUCGUCAUCAAGGCUGAUAAUGCUUGGAAUCACAACGACGAAGGGGUCGAUUUCAUCAUAAAGGGGCCAGGUGGAGAGGAGAUCAAAGAGUUCCAUGACAUGAUAAGUGACAAAUUUGAAUUCAUGGCUCAAAGAAAAGGGAUCUACCACUUUUGCUUCACCAACAAAUCUCCCUUCCACGAGACCAUCGAUUUCGACGUGCUCGUCGGCCACUACAAGAGCUAUGAUCAGCACGCCAAGAGCGAGCAUUUCAACCCGGUUGUCGAGCAAAUCUCCAAGCUCGAAGAAGCUCUCUACAAUAUCCAGUUCGAGCAGCACUGGCUCGAGGCUCAGACCGAUCGCCAAGCUAUUGUGAACGAAUCGAUGAGCCAGAGAGCGGUGCACAAGGCGAUAUUCGAGUCGUUAGCUCUUAUCGGAGCUAGCUCCCUUCAGGUUUUCCUCCUACAACGCCUUUUCGAACGCAAGCUCGGGACUUCUCGAGUCUGAAACUCUAACGGAGGAUCUCCGGACCUACUAGUUUGGUUUUAUCUGUUAUAUUCUCGUGUUAUAUCUCGUAUUUUUUCGAUUCAUCAAAACAUUGAGAUACAUCCGUGACCAAUUUACUACGUAUAUCAAUGAAAUAAAAUAUGAAACAAGAACAUUUAUUGAGAUAUGAUUCAGAAACA